AUGAGAGCCAUCUCGGCUCUUUUGCUGACCAUGGCGUCCUGCGCCUGGACCGGCUUCUGGAUGGAGAACAUCCGCCACCAGGGUCUCGCCCCGUUCAAUCCUGACAAAUCCUAUGUUGUCUUCCGAAAUGUCAAAGAUUUUGGCGCAAAGGGUGAUGGUGUUACCGAUGAUGCUCCCGCCAUCAAUGCUGCGAUCAGCUCAGGCAAUCGUUGCGGCGGCCCCUCUUGCGUCGGUUCGACCACUACUCCUGCUGUGGUUUACUUCCCUCCUGGUACCUACCUGAUCAAUAGCCCGAUUGUCGACUUCUACUACACUCAGAUCGUUGGCGACCCCAACGACAUGCCCAUUAUUAAGGGCGCAGCGACUUUCCCAACCGAAGCGAUUGCAAUGUUUGACGGCGACCCAUACCUGCGCAACGGAUACCUGAACUUCCAGUCAACGAACGUCUUCUUCCGUCAGCUGCGCAACAUCAUCUUUGACACGACCGACAUUCGCGGCAAUGCUACUGCACUCCAUUGGCCUUCGUCUCAGGCGACCUCCAUUCAGAACUGCGUUUUCCGACUUUCUUCUCGGGAGGGCGAUAUCCACACCGGCAUUUUCAUGGAAGAGGGCAGUGGCGGCCUGGUCACUGACCUAGUCUUCAUCGGCGGCAAGUAUGGUGCUCGCUUCGGCAACCAGCAGUACACCAUGCGUAACCUGUCCUUCUACGGCUGCGGUACAGCGAUCCAGCAGAUAUGGAACUGGGGAUGGACCUACAAGUCGCUGAAGAUCGUCGACUGCGACGUUGGCAUCGACAUGUCGUCUUGGGACGUCGGCUCCGUGAUCUUGCUUGACAGCAAGUUUGUCAACGUCAAAACUGCUAUGAUUACCAGUCGGAAUCCUGGCAACGCCACCGGCCUCGGCUCUUUGGUUAUUCAGAACGUUGUCUACCAGAAUGUCCCGGUCGUGCUGGCCAACCCACAGGGACAGCCCUAUCUCCUUGGUGAGGCCAACGGCGCUGUUGCUGACAAUGUUCAGGGUAACGUGUAUGCACCGCGCGGCCCACGCCUGAUGGAAGGUCGUGACUUUGCCUUUUCCCAACCGCCUACUCUCAAAACCGGAGACCUCUAUUACGAGCGCUCCAAGCCACAGUAUGGGAAUCUCCCAGCUUCGUCGUUCCUUUCGGCACGCGAUCUCGGAGCCCGUGGUGAUGGUGUAUCGGACGACACUGCCGCCCUCAAUGUUCUCUUCCAGCAAGUCGCGAAUACCCCCUAUGUCGCCUUCCUCGAUUCCGGCGUCUACAAAGUCACCGAUACCAUCUACGUUCCGCCCAACACACGCAUUGUCGGCGAGCCGCUCUCUGCUAUCAUCAUGGGCGCUGGCAAGAAGUUUGCAGAUGCGAACCGCCCUCGUCCUGUGGUUCAAGUUGCGCACCCAGGGGAGAUUGGGUACGUCGAGAUGAGUGAUAUCAUUGUUUCGACUCAAGGCGCCACUGCAGGUGCCAUUGGCAUCGAGUAUAAUCUCAACACCCCUGCCGCCGAGAGUAUUUGUAGCCCGGGCGCUCCGCCUUCUGGUCUCUGGGACGUCCACGUUCGCAUCGGCGGUUUUACCGGCUCACAGCUCCAGGUCGCCGACUGUGCUAUCACCCCUGACCAGCCCAACCUCGUCAAGGCCAAUUGCAUUGCCGGCUUCAUGAGCAUGCACGUUACCCCUUCCGCGCGCAACCUGUACAUGGAGAACAACUGGAUCUGGGUCGCCGAUCACGACAUUGAUGAUCCUCGUAACACCCGGGUCAGCAUCUUUGUCGCCCGCGGCCUGCUUAUCGAGGGUACCCGCAUCUGGCUUGUUGGUUCGUCUGUUGAGCAUCACACCCUAUACCAGUACCAGCUCGUCAAUGCGACGGAUGUCUGGAUGGGUCAGAUCCAGACUGAGACACCCUAUUACCAGCCUAACCCGCCUGCGCCAUUCCCUUUCACGAGACUUAGCCACAGGCUGCAUGAUCCGGACUUCGCAGUCGAUUGUUCGCGCCCCGCCAACCCAAGUGCCAUGACGCUUUCUGGCAACGCACCCUGCUCCAUGGCCUGGGGCCUCCGCGUCCUCGACUCAAAGAAUGUAGUCGUCUUCGGAGCCGGCCUGUACAGCUUCUUCAACAACUACAGUACCAACUGCAGCACAGUCUUCUCCGGCGAGAAUUGUCAGGCGAGGAUCUUUUGGGUUGGUACUACCAAUCCGUCGAUUGCUCACUCGCUCUUGGCCAAAGAGGGUGAGAAGGGCAAACUGGGCCAUGGUCCGUUUACAGGAGGUCCGGGUGGGUUCUCGGUAGAGGUGUAUAAUCUGGAUACUAUCGGUUCCGUGAGUAUGGCUACCCUGCAGGGGUAUGAUAUGGCGAUGUGGGAUCAGAAUGUAGCAACUUUUGCGAGUACGCUUGCUGUGUUUAAGGCUUAA